UUGUGCGUUGCGUUUUGCGUUCUUGCGGUUGGCUGUGUUUUAUUUUAUGAAAAGUAAAAUCAAAACAAGCAGCAAUUCUUUUAAGCAAAAUCAAUAUUUUUUUUAUCUUCUUUUGAGUGUGGUUAGAACAAGAUGUGAGCAAUGAUCUCUAAAGGAUGUCCUAAAUGCAAAAACCAAGUGGCUGUAGCUUGCAAAGCAUGCCCUUGCGGUCACAUUUUCUUCACGGCUCGUAACAGAGCACGAACCUUUGAUAAUUUAUUGGUGGCCUCAGCCGGUGCAUCAGGAGAAAUUCAGGGGCAGCGACGAACGGAAAGAGUGAAGAGGGAAAAACCCAAGUUCUACGACUCUCUGCAAUAUGAAAACAAGCUUAAAAAGCGGAGAAAGCCAAAAAUCACUCAGCCUGUGUACGAAGAGGAAAAAGACGAGGAAGAUGAAGACUCUGAUCCCAAGGGAAAGAAGAGGCGAAUAAUUAAAAAAAUUGAAGAGGAUGAAGAUCCAAUGGUCAACUUGCCGAACGAGAAGUUGCAACAAUGUUCCAUAGAGCUAGCGGAGCUCAAUCGCAAAAUUUUUUCAGUAUCAUGGAAAGCUUGAAAUUUUUGUAGUGCUUAUUCAAAACUUAUACUUGGUCAAUAUUCAAUAAAUAAUUACAAAGAUCUCUCUUAAAAAUUGCU